UCUUAGUGGCAGCACUGUCUGAAGUAGCAUUCAAUAUGGAAGACUAUUUGGAAUGAAAAAUUAGUUCCUAAGUGCAGAUUUUAUUAUUAAUCAAAAACACUGUUUUAGUUGUGCGCAAAGUAAACGGAGAAAAAUUGGAAAGUCAUAAUUUAUAAAAUAAGUUAACACAAUGACGGUGGGCAAUGUAACGCGGCCACGUUGUUUUUUCGAUAUUUCACUAGGUGGACUAAACAUAGGCAGAAUUGUGUUCGAGUUAUUUAAUGAUGUGGCUCCGAAGACCACUGAGAACUUUCGAGCACUUUGUACCGGUGAAAAGGGCUUUGGCCUUACAACAGGAAAAGAACUUAAUUAUAAAAAUGUUAUAUUUCAUCGUGUGGUAAAGGACUUCAUGAUACAGGCGGGAGAUUUUUCCGCGGGUAAUGGUACUGGUGGAGAGUCAAUUUACGGUGGAACUUUUGAAGAUGAAACUUUUGAUUUGAAGCAUGACAAACCGUUUCUGCUUUCCAUGGCCAAUCGUGGUAAAAACUCAAAUGGAUCGCAGUUUUUUAUUACUACACAGCCAGCUCCACACUUGGACAACAUUCACGUUGUUUUUGGACAUGUUAUUAAUGGACAAGAUAUUGUACGUCAAUUAGAAGAGUUGCCUGUGGACAGAAAUUCGCGUCCGCUGCAAGAUGUAGUCAUUGUUAAAUGUGGGGAAUUGGUUAAACAAGUUAAAGUGAAAAAGGAAAAGAAGAAAAAGAAAAGAGCCUCUUCUGAUAAUGAAUCUGAAUCGGAGGUGGAAAAGCGUGACAAACGAAAGGAAAAGAAGAAAAAGAAAGAUCGUAAACGCUCAAAAGAAAGAGCAGGUUCUGAAAAUAAAAAUGUAGUUCCGACUAGUUCAGAGGGAGUCGAUGAAGGUGAAAUACAUCCUUUAGUUACUGUAACUAAAAUUGAUCCUGACGAAAUACCUGAAGUUUCUAAUAAAUUUCUAUUGCGUAAAGAAAAAAGCGACCGUUCACGAGAAAGAGAAAUAAGACAGGAUAACUAUGAAAGCAAGGGUAGAGAUAACAGAAAUGCGUUUGGUUGGUCAAAGAGUCGUGUGCCAAAGUCACGUAGUGGACGUAUUAUCAAAGGCCGUGGAGUAUUUCGUUUUCGUACACCUUCACGAAGUCGGUCCCGCAGUAUUACGCCGCCACAUUGGAAGCGUGCCCAAAAUCGUACCAUAAAACUUUCUGAUCUUGAGAGGUUGGAAGAAGAGAAGAAACUUCGCGAAGAGGAAAUCAAACGUCGUGAAAUUGAACGUAAAAAACGUCAUGAAGAAAUGUCUAAAGAUCCAAAGAAAUCAUUUUUCGAAUUAUCGCAUGCAAGUACAUAUGGUGGAACAGUUGGUUCACCAGAAAGGGUGGAGAAAUCUAAGAAAACCAGCGACAGGCAUGUAGAAGAGAAACAACGUAGUUAUAAGACAACAUCAGAGAAACGGCGUAAAGAAGAUAAUACUGAUCAAAACGUUUCAUCAAAACGCAGAAAGUCCGUGGAUAUGAACGCACUCGAUUAUGAGCAACAGUCAGAGAGUGAAAAUGAUACUCAACAGUCGUUAUUAGUAGCUGAUAAAAAUGUGAAAGAAAAAGAGAAAUUAUCGCAACGCGAAAUGGAAAAAGCUUUAGACAAAGAAAUUAAAAAAGUAACUGAAAAAAUUGCUGAACACGAAAAGUUACAAAAAAGUGAGGAACGUUCGCGAAAUCGUGGUCGAUCUAAGACUCAUUCACGUUCUCGUUCUCGUACACGUUCACGUUCACGUACACGCUCUCGUUCACGCUCGCGUUCGCGAUCUCGCUCAUAUCGACGACGCUCACCCAUACGUGAUAGACGUGAUCGCUAUCCAAUGAGAAAUCAAAGUUUCAGAUCACCUCCACGACGUAAUUUUCGUGGCAGGCGUGGCGGUAACCCAUUUAUGGAUCGACGUAUGAGGUCUCGUUCAGCUGACAGAUAUAGAAACCGUUAUCCUCUUUCACCAAUUCGUAGACGUUCUUCUGUGGAUAGAAGGCGAUCCCGUGAUCGCAAUCGCAAAAGAUCAGCUUCAUUAUCAAAAUCGAGAUCACGCACUCGUUCUCCUCGUCGCGAUUCUGGUCGUUCGAGGUUUGAUCAAACAAGUCGUCGUAGCAAGGAACGAAGUAGGGAACGUGGUAGCGCUCCGAGAUCUAGUCGCCAAAAAAGAGGUCGUUCAAACUCUCGAUCACCACGGCGUACCGUGUCUGAUGAUAGAAAUCGUAAAUCAACUGAUAAGUCAUCGCCAAAGAAAAAUAGUAUACCACCAUCAACGUCUUCAAAUGUGGAAGAUAAGGAUAAGAACGCAAAAGAAAAAAUGCAAAAACGUGCUGAAGCCUUACAGAUGUUUAAAGAUCACAUGCGUAAAGAAAUUGCAAGAGAGGAAGAAAAACGAGCCGAAAAGCAAAGACAAGAUGACAUGGAGAAAGAGAAAACUGCACGCGAACUUGAAGAAUUGGAGCGUCUAAAGAAGGAAACACUGCUCAAGCUUGAAGAACAUGAAAAAUCAAAUAAAUCAGAUACGAAAAGCAAUACAGAUAAUCAAAAUGACAUGAAGAAGAAACAUAAGAGAUCUAAACAUAAUGAACACUCCGGCUCUGACACUGAAUAGAAUUAAAUAAUUAUUUUGAAAGUCAUCAGUACUUGUCUAUGUAGUCAUUAAUUUCGAAAAAUAAUUUUGAAGUAAAUUAUUAAAUAUUUGUUGGAAUUCAAUUUUAA